AUGACUACAUUGUCAUCAUCAUCAUCAUCAUCAUCUUUGAUCAAUAACAACACAUCAUCAUCAUCACCACUGUACCAACAACAACAACAGCAAUACAGGUCAACAGCAAGAUCUUAUUCAACAUCGCAACGUGAUGUUGAUGUCAAUGUUGAUGCGCCACAAGCAACUUCAACACCAACAUCAACACCUGCUCCACUUGAGGACGUAUCUGAAUGGGCUAAGAUCGGUGUAAACUUCAACAUAACAGACAAAGGACAGCCUGCUGAUGAGCUGAUAAAGGAACUUUUAGCGAAUACAGAUGGAGACAUCUUUGAUAAGUGCCAAUAUAUUGUAUCUGGAACACGUGAUUGGACGCGAACUGUGUUGCCAAUAGGCGCACUAGACUUGGAGAAGACGAGUGUCAACUCACUGGCAUUGUAUACUUUGAUCAAUGUGCUGAAUGGUCGCGCGUACGAAGUCGGCCCUAUACUUGCGUUGGAGACAUUGGAUGCCAAAUCACGCCAAACAAUCAUAAUUUCAAUGAUCGUUGGAUACAUCUCUUGGAUUGGCCGCAUGGACAUCAAAGACAAGGACGCCAUCAAAGGCAUGAGUAUGCGAAUCGUGCAGCUGAUGGGCACGCUCGGCCAGCACGACACUUACAACCUGCUGCGCGUCUACGCGCACGGCCACGACAGCGUGCUCUCCAAGUGGAUGCUGACGCUGGAGGAUGCACUCAAGGACAACCUGCAGCUGGAUCGCGGCUUCUUUGCCCGCGCCAUCUAUAUGGCGCUGCCGUUUGGCGACCACCACGCCUUCUGGUGGAUCAAGCUGAUGGCCCAAUGUGGCAUCGAGCUGGACAACGCUCUGUACACGCACAUCGAGGAGACCAUCAUCGCACAGAGACGCGGAAGCUUUAGCGUCCAGCUCAAGACUCUCAUGGACUUCUUUGCGCCCCUUGGCGUCAAGUUAAAGAAAGACACGUUGUUCAAGUUGACGCUGUCCGAGCUCAUCAAGGGUGGCGCAGCUGAUGCUGGCAAUGGCGACCCAACAACAGCACCGGCCAAGACUGGCCAGGAGGGCGAGGAUCUGGACACCGACAAGGAGAGCGUGGAGGCAAUUCAGGAGGCCAUCGAGAAGGAGCUGAGCGACAGCCCGGCCGAUAUUGAGGAGUUGUACAAGGCCAUCACAUAUUAUAUGCUCCCGAUCAAUUGUGGCGUGGCCGUGCAGUUCUACGCCAAAGCACCAUCGUUACCGCUGAUCAACAAACUGCUCAAACAUCUGGCCGACAGCAAUCAGACGCAUUUGGUCAAGCAGGUGCUGGCCGCCACAUUCAAGCGCAGCCCCGAUCGCGACAAGCUGCCCGUCAACACCAUGCUCGAGUUGGUCAAGCACAUCCAGGACCCAGCGCAACGCUCUCGCAUCACCCUGCCCCUGCUGCUGGCGCUCGACCCCGUGGCCCACUCAAUGCCCGAGUUCUUUGAGCAGCUGAUCGACUCGUGCGUCAAGGACAUUGAGGGCGUCAACACAGUGGCCAUCGACCUGUUUGAGCGCGGCUUCAAGCCCAGCGAUGAGUCCAUGUCGGUGCUGAUCAAGCGCUUCCCCGGGCUGCCCUGGGCCGACAUGUGCCGCCGUUACAACCUACCCCUGCGCUCCAGCCACUAUCUCAAGCUGAUGAAGGUGCUCAGCGUGCAAUAUCUGGAGCAGUACCACGCGCGCCUGAAGAGCGAUGGCACGCCCAUCGACACGCCCACGUUCUACUACCUUUUCAAUCGCUAUGUCAAGGCCGGCCACCUGCCCGCCGUGCGUCUGCUGCUGGAGGAGAGCACGCCAGCCGACCUCACCAUCGAGCAGAUGAUCGACCUGCUACACAGCUACAAAGAACUGCCCGUUGGCACCACCGAGCUGAGCGAGCUGCUCAGCGACGACGCGAUGACGCCCGAGGGCCUGGUCAAGGUGUUUGACAUCGCCGUGAACAACGCCCACUUUGACAUGGCGCACAGUCUGCUGGGGCGACUCACAUUCAGUCAAGAAGCGGACCUCUUGCAUAGGCUGCAGGCGGACCUGCUCGUUGCCGCCGCCGAGCGCGAGCCCAGACGCUUUAUCAAGAUGUUGCCAGAAAUGGACCUCAAUCAGGAGAUCGUGCGCCACGCCGCUUUGUUCUCUGUCAGCCAGGUGAUCAAGAUCCCCUUGUCCACGGGCGAGAGGAAUGCGCUCAGGGCCAUCUUUGAUAAUCACCCACUCACCGAUAAUGAGUGGUCCAUGGUGGUCGUGGUGUUGGAGUAUAGGACGCGUCUGGCCAAGAUGGCCGAGAGGGGCUAUGCCACCCCCCAGGCCAUCGCCAACAUCAUCCUGAGCCUGUGUUGGCACAAUAAGACGAAUGCGACAAUCAAGUCCCAGGAUGAGCACGUGCUGAUCGCCGAAGAACUCAAGAAAUGGAUCGUCUUGUUGGGAGGCUCGAAUCCCUCGCAUGGCCAGAUCGACAUUGUCCUGUCCAACCUGCCUCGAUUCUUUGUCAACAUUCCAUCCAACAUCGCACCCAUCAUGGACCGAGUGAGGAAGCCCAAAAGACUGAGCCAACUCAACAUGGUAUGGCUGGUGCGUCAUCACAUUUCCAAGGGCCAGUAUUACGAUGCCAUCAAAGUCAUCACCGACAAUCAAUCCUCGGCCAACAUCCAGGAGUCGCUGAUCCUGGUGGACGAGAUGGAGAAGGUGAAUAUGCAGGAGCUCCUCAGCGGUCUGAACAAGUCGCCAGCCACCGAAGAAAUGCUCGAACAUAUGUUCCUGGGCAUGUCCAUCGUGCAACCAAACUCCACAUUGUCCAUUCUGGCAUACCUCCAGACGAUGAUCGAUCAGAAAAAGACGCGCUUCACGAUGACCACGCGCCUCAAGAUGAUCGCCCAGCUCGCCCUGGCGGACGACGGCGACUACGACCUGCGCCGGGCCUACAUAUUAGGCCUGGACCUGGGCCACCCGCUGAUGAUCGUGGCCAAGAUACGCAGCCAUAUCAAGCGUCGCGCAAUGAAGGUGGAGCGAUUCGACGAGUACCUCCACCAGAUAUCGCGUUCGCGUCCAGCUUUCAAGAGCGAUGACUACGCCCUCCUAUUCUGCUUCAUGGCCGAGCGCGCCGCUGGCUACCCUGGCAUGCACAAGAUGAUCGAUACGUUGUACAAGCAUAUGGUCGGAGUAGACCCGACUCUGAAAAAUGACCAGGACAUUCUCCAAGUGUUGUGCACCAUCGAGCAAUAUCGAAUUUUGGCCGAGAAGAGAUUGAUGAUGCAGGAGUCAAACCUUCCAUGGCUACAAUAUGGACUGUUGCGAGCUGUCAUGGAUUAUUAUCACAAGCAGGGCAACACCGUGGCCUUGACACCGAUGUACCUCCGUCUUUUGAAAAACCACUAUAAUGCCUACGAACCAUUCUUCCACAACAUCCAGACAAGACUGUUACAGUGCUCAAUGCAUCGACCUAAAUUCUACGCUGGUUGGGAGGCUGUCAAGCCAAGAUUCGAGAAACAACCACAAUCAUCAUCAUCAACAUGGUCCGAGCCAUCACCAGCCCCAUCCCCAGCCACAACAACGUCCACAACUCAAUAA